CGCCUCCCGAGCAGGUCCAACCAGGUAUAUAUGUCCUUCUCACUCAGCCCUCAAUAUGCCCUUCUCGACCGCGGAUGACAGUAGCUUACGCUUUCCAGAGGGUGAUCUAAAAUUGCUUUAGAUCAACUGUCUCCUGUCUAUUACUCGUCGUCGCAUCGCCUAACAUGUCGGCCCAGACAAAAAUCUUGCGAACAGCUAACGCUCCCCGCACCACCCCCGAUGAGACCGAGCUCAUGGUAGCCCAGGCUAUCCUCGACUUGGAGACCAACGUACCUGAUUUGAACGCUGAACUCCGUCCUCUCCAGAUCAGUGCCGCUCGUGAGGUUGAGGUCAAGGGUGGUCGCAAGGCCAUUGUCAUCUUCGUACCCGUCCCCCAGGUCAAAGCUUUCCACAAAGUUCAAGGCCGAUUGACCCGUGAACUCGAGAAGAAGUUCUCCGACCGUCAUGUAGUCUUCAUUGGUCAACGACGAAUGAUGCGCAAGCCUACCCGUGGUACCAGACAGAAGCAACAGCGACCACGAUCCCGUACUUUGAAAGAAGUUCACGAGAAGAUUCUCGAAGACUUGGUCUACCCUACCGAGAUCACUGGCAAGCGAAUCCGUUUCCACACCGAUGGCUCCAAGGUCAUGAAAGUUUUCCUUGACUCCAAGGAUGCCACCUCGUUGGAAUACAAGUUGGACUCUUUCUCCUCCGUCUACCACCGACUCACUGGCAAGACUGUUCACUUUGAAUUCCCCACUGUUCAGGAAAUUUAA